CAUUAGCUGUGCAUGUUUACAAGAGCUAAUGAAAUAUUUAGUUUGUUUUAACUGAUAAUGGAAUCAGAUGACAUUGCAGCAAUACAUGCGGAAGCAAUCGAAGUGAUUUUAAAUCAUAUAUUAUACGUGCGCGGUGUUUAUCCUGGACAAAUCUUCAAGAAGCGCCGCAUAUACAACACGCCAGUUUUUAUAGUCGCAUUUCCGGCUUUAAAUUCUUACCUAGCCAAUGUGCUGAGAACUGUGCAGCAAUUGCUGCAGAAUCCUGCGCAACAACUGAAGCUGGAAGUUAUUAUAUAUGGAAAUGAUGCGGAGCACAUGGAAAGCUACUUGUUGGAAAUGCAACCGGUACAAUCCGAUCACGCACAGGAUCAAUAUUUAAUGGAGUACGAACAACAACUAAGCGCUGCACUUUACAAAUUGGCGGACCGCGUUAAACAUUUACCGAAACUCGGUCAAAAUGCAAAGUUUAAGGUGCAUAUUCAUACAACACAAACGGCCUUUACACAGCUCAGCCAUGAUGCACAAUAUCAGGAGUUUCCCUGGCUGCAAGCAAGUGCCAAUCCGCAGCAGUUGGAACCGCGUAAAUUUGCCCUACUGCCCCUCGCAACAGUUGACAAGGUGGGCUUGAAAAUGGAUGCGCAUAUAUGUGGUUAGGUUUUAUAAUUGUAUAUUAAGCAAUAGAUUUUACAUGAGAUAUAAAAAAAA